GUCCGCUGCUCAGUUGCUUUCUUGUAUCGCAAGACGUAGUUUUGACUACGCUGGACUUUGAGGACUUGACUGGAUCUGCUAUCUAUGCGGUUGAAGAUGGGAUCUAUUUUAUUGCUUACUCUAUGUGUGCUGGCUUCAAUGCUGCACACAAUAAAUUGUGCUGAAGGCGCUUUGUGGACAACAGUGAGGCACCACGACAAGUAUUACCUUUCAACAUUCAAUGACGAACAGUGGGUGCAGUACGACGUGGCAAGAAGGGCCUGCGCUUUCCACGGCCAACGUCUCUUGUCCGAGAGUGAUAUGCCUGAGUCAGUAUUGAAAAGCCUUCAACUUCGCCCCGGUGCAUAUUUCCUUGACGGCGGCAAGAAGAUCGUGACACAAAACUACGAGGAAGGAUCAAACCGAGUGAUCCUGGAGAUUUUCAAACUCUACCCUGGUACUAAGAAACAGAUAUUAUGCAUUCAGAUCUGCGAUCAUGGGCAACUUGUGAAGGGGCGCUGCAUCUGCCAAGACAGGUACUUCGGCGAAACGUGCGAAAAAUCACGUGAUUAUUACUAUUUUUGUGAUGCCAAAAGAUGGCUUUAUAUGGACACGAAGGAUAAAGUGGUUUACGAUUCUGCCAAGAACUUUUGCAAUAUUAGAGGCGCCAGUAUACCUACCGACGCCGAGGAAACCUGCAUGACGGAGCUUGCCACCCAGGUACACAAACACAUAGGACAAGUACAUUUCUGGGCUACUAGACUAGCUGAUGGGAAUCCGCUUGCCUUUAAUGGACAUGGUGUGCUUGCUCCUGCGAUCCCUACGCACAAAUUUAAUAUAGCCUGCGUUGACAGGAGGGGUGAAUCUCACUAUGUUUGUGAUGCCAACAGAGUGCUUUUUAUGCACACGCGGGAUUUACUGGGGUACGAUAGUGCCAAUAAGUUUUGCACUGAUAGAGGCGCCAGUUUACCUACCGUCAACGAGGAACCCUGCAUGAAGGACCUUUCUUCCCAGUUACAUAAAACCGAAGGAGACCUAUAUUUCUGGACUACUAGACCAGCUGGUGGGAAGCCGUUUGCCUCUAAUGGAGUUGAUGUGCUUACUUCUCAAAAGCCUACGAACAAAUUUAAUGUAGCCUGCGUUCAGAGGAGGAUUUGUCAACGGCCUAAGGAUCCAGCUUAUGGGUCUUACAGCAACGGUGUAUUCCUUCAACAAGAAUAUCUUGAUACGCUGACUUUGACAUGUGAACAGGGAUACGAGGUUCAAGGUAACCCGAAGGUGACUUGCAUCACAGCACCUUCCACUACUACCCCACUAGCCACAUGCGCCAAGAUAUGUCAAAAACCAAGUAUACCAAACGGAAUUUUUAACGGAGAUGCAUUCAAUUCCGCAUUUGGAAACAACGAACUGAGGGGAGUUUGUAACGAUGGCUAUACAGCCACACAAACACCUAAGGCGACUUGCGGCAAUUUUGGCACGGUGACUGUGAUGGGCAAAUGCGAACCCGUACAAUGUGAUCGACCAAUUACACAAGCCGGAGCCUAUUCCAAUUUCGCGAAUGGCGUCUUCAAUACCGAACAGUCAAACAUCACUUUAACAUGUAAUUCCAGCUACUGGCGUUUGGGUUCGGCUCAGGCGACUUGCGAGAAGAAUGGCACAGUGUCUGGUCUUGAUGGUGGAUGCGCCAAGAUAAUAUUAUGUCAAAAACCAAGUUUACCAAACGGAAUUUUUAAGGGAGAUGCAUUCAAUUCCGCACAUGGAAACAAUGAACUGAGGGGAGUUUGUAACGAUGGCUAUACAGCCACACAAACACCUAAGGCGAAUUGCGACAUUUUUGGCACGGUGACUGUGAUGGGCAAAUGCGCAGGUGAAUUUCAUCAUGUUUGUGAUGCCAACAGAGUGCUUUUUAUGCACACGCGGGAUACACUGGUUUACGAUAGUGCCAGGAAAUUUUGCACUGAUAGAGGCGCCAGUUUACCUACCGUCAACGAGGAACCCUGCAUGAACGACCUUUCCUCCCAGUUAUUCAAAACCGAAGGACACCUAUAUUUCUGGAGUAGUACUCGUCUACUUUCGGGAAACCGGUUUGCCUCUAAUGGACUUGGUACAAUGGUUGCUUUGUCCCCUAUGAAGGAAUUUAAUGUAGCCUGCGUUGAGAAUAGGAGUGCCGAUUAA